GAACUCCUCUGCUUUGCUACGUUACUCACCAUGUAGUAAUAACAACCCAGUUACCGUCCACUGCUGGACAACCACAAGCGCAUAACAUCUACCCUCGUCCUCCUCCGAACGAACAAAUAGUACUUACCAAAAAUAAACAAGAAGCAACCCCACCAUAACAAGUGCCAUUAUCACCUCUCCAGACGCACAAUGUCGGCGAAAUCUUCAAAGGGCAGCUCGCGAUCUUCAAAGUCCAGUACGCGAUCAAAGUCCAGCACGAAAUCUGCAAAGUCCAGCGGCAAAAAACCGCGUUCUCCGAGGGCCAGCGUGUACACGGACCCUGGUGGUACCUCCACCGCGCACCUGGAGCCGCUGGCGCGGGUCGAGGUCCAGUUCGAGAACCUGGUGCUGCUGGGCAAGAACGACGUGCCCACCGUCGUGGACUGGCUCAAGCGAGUCGGCGUGAAGGAAGAGAAAGCUAUGAAACUGUUUGAAGAGUGUGAUCCAAAGAACGUGUACGCGAGUAAGUUCAAGGAGGUGGUGACCGCGCUCGGCAAGCAAGAGAAGAAGAACAUGGACGACUACUACAAACAGGUGGCGGUGGAGGGCUGGAAGCUGGCGCAGGCGCUGCAGGCCGCGACCGCCACGCACGGCAAGUUCAGCAGCGCACAGCUGAGGCGCUACGGAGCCAGGAACCGCCAGAAGUGACGCUGCACCAGUCUAAAUAAGCCUCAUAGGUGUGGCGCAUCAUGGGAGCAGAAAUGACACUGCACCAGUCAAGCUGUACUACAUAGAUGAGGCGCACAUCAUUGACAAAUCGAUACCAAUCAUGUAGUUAUGGAAUUAAAGAUUGAAACAUG